CCUCAUCCCAGAGUCAAAUAGAAAUCAAACAUGUCGCUCAAGAAUUCCUAUCUCCUAAUCUACAACACCAUCAACGCCCUACUUUGGACUCGUAUCCUCUUCACCCUCCUCUCAGCCCUGUUUCUCUCUGCACCUCCAGAUUCCCAGACGAUCUAUACCACCCUCGAGCCCUGGACAAGAUGGACGCAGACCUUGGCUGCGCUAGAGAUUGUGCACUCUGCGCUUGACCUCACCCGCGCCCCCAUCUUCACAACCUUCACCCAGAUCUUCGCCCGCACCGUCCAAGUCUGGGCCAUCAACUACGCCUACCCAGAGGCCACCAUUUCCGCCACCAAUCCCAUGUCAACCUGGUCCGCAUCCAGCCUCGUCUACCCAGCCAUGCUAUUCGCAUGGUCCCUCGCCGACGCAAUCCGUUACACGUACUUCGCUGUGCUCUCCGGGGGGGGCCCGCAGGCCGUGCCGGGGUCGGUGAAGUGGUUGAGAUACUCUCUCUUCCUGGGUCUUUACCCCAUCGGCAUCGCCAGUGAAUGGGUGUUGAUGUUCAGGGCGACCCUGGUGGCGGACCAUAUUCUGGUGAAGGCGAUCUUUGUGUUCUUCUUGGGGUUAUAUGCGCCUGGUUCGGUGAUGAUGUACAAGUAUAUGGUUAAGCAGAGGCGGAAGGUUUUGUUUGCUUGA